AUGAAAGGCGAACCGCCAUCUAGUUGCCCGUCCAGUAGAGGGGGAGAUGGUGGGCAUAGGUCGGGAGAUGGAGGUUCUUCCUCGCUUCUCUCCGGCGGCGUGGCCGUGCUAGCGGGGGUGGCAGUUUCGGGUGUAUCCGCUGCUGCUGCUGCAUCAUCAAGGUCCGAGGGCGGCGGCAGCGGUGGCAGCCGACGAGGGGAGGCUGCUGCCGCUGCUGCUGCCGUCGUUGCGUCUGAGGAGGCCGUAGCCGCGAAGAUGGAGAAGGUGGGCAGGAUGAUCGGCGAGGUGGCGGACGCGGUGCUCAAGCAUGUGAGCGAUCGGAUGCCGGGGCUGGAGGCCUUCACCCUGGAGAUUCUUGACACCAUCUUUGCGCCAAGGCUGGUCUUGAGACACCUCAUGGUGGCCGUUGCGUUGCAGACGGGGCUGCUUACGUACAACGGCCUCGUCAUGGUGGCAAACCGGCUGCUGUCUAGGUUGAGCACGCGGCACGGAGAGGCGAAGGCCUACCGCCACAAGAUGCGCAACGCUAAGAACUACGAGGAGUGGAGAAUGUACGCCGAACGAGUAGACCACUUGGAGGGACACGACGAGUGGAGGAAGCGUCCGGACUCGCUCCUCUACAACCACAAGGUUCUUCAGCAGCAGAUCAGCGACUUGAACGCGAUGAUCAACGCGGAGGACGUGUUCGGCCUCAUGUUUCGGUUGCGCUGCUCUCUCUCGAGAAAUCAGCACGGGAUGCUGCACGAGGGGCUUUUCUCGAGGGCGCACGCGGGCACCAAGGUGUUGGUCGAGCGAUACCACGAGGUUGUGUGUGAAGCUCUGCACUACGUCUGCGCCAAGAAUGCCGUGGCGCAGGACAUUCCCACGGACGCGAAACUGGCUUUUUUCAACGAGACCAGGCACGCGUACGGGCGAACGGCCCUGAUGCUGUCGGGGGGCGCGGCGAUGGGAGUGUAUCACGCGGGGGUGGUCAAGGCCUUGUUGGAUAGAAAACUGCUCCCCCGGGUGGUGAGCGGAGCGUCCGCCGGGUCGAUCGUCGCGGCUAUGGUCGGGACCAGGACGGACGCCGAACUUCGCCCAAUGUUCGAUGGGAAAGGGGUAAACCUGGAGUUCUUCCAGCCUCUUCGGAGAUCCUUCAAGAAGACCAGUGGAGACGACGAUAAGUACAAGAACUCGGCGUUCUGGCAGCUGCUGGUGCCCCCGGGCCUUCGGUGGAUGGGCACGCGACUCUGGAACGUGCUCCUCCACAGCGAGGGCUUCCUCAGCAUGGACACGGACUACUUCAAGAACGUCCUCCGGCACAACAUAGGGCCCUCGACGUUCCAGGAGGCCUUCGACCGGACGGGGCGCAUCGUGAACAUCACGGUGGCCCCGCAGAACAAGACGGACCCCCCCCGGCUGCUCAACUACCUCACGGCGCCCCACGUGCUGGUGUGGAGCGCGGCGGUGUGCUCCAGCAGCGUCCCCGGGGUGUUCGAGCCGUCCGUUCUUCUCGUCAAGGACGCCGAUGGGAGCACGCACCCGGAAUCCGGGCCGAUCGACAAGUUCGUGGACGGAAGCAUGGAGGCGGACCUGCCGAUGCAGCAGAUCAGCGAGCUCUUCAACAUCAACCACUUCAUUGUGUCGCAGGUCAACCCGCAUGCGUCCCUUCUGUCGACAAUGGCUCUCUCCAAGAGCGUUUGGAGCUCUCCAACCUACAGCUUCCUCGUGGGAAUCGUCGGAUUUCUGCAGACACAGGUGCGCAACUGGUUUCGCAACGUGAUUGAGUUCGUGUCGCACCGGAGGCUGGCUCCCGUGUGGGCUUCGAAACGGGGCGGCAUCCAGCUCCUCACGCAGGAGUACGAGGGGCGGCACUGCGAUGUGACUAUCACGCCGUGGAAGGGGGAGGAAAACGUGUUCUCGUCCUUCGCCAAGAUGCUCAAGAACGUCAACACCGAAGAGUUUCUCGCCAUGACGAUUGUGGCGGAGCGUAACACGUGGCCGAAGGUGGAGAUGAUCAGGAGCCACUGCGCCGUCGAGAUGUCCCUGGAGCAGUGCGUGCAGAUCUUGCGGCGCCAGCUCACGGCCGAGAACCAGGUCCGAAUGCUGGCGGCCUCUCAACACCCCUCGUCCGAGCAGCUACGGCGUGAAGGGCGCGUGUCGAGCUUCUACACGUCGAGGUCUCUCGUCAACCUUUCGGGACUGAGCGUGAUGGACCCCAGCAUCUUCAUGGAGCAGCAGCUGCACCAGUACCCGUCGUCCUCGACCCUCGCGGCGAUCGUCAACGACAGCGCAAUUUUGGAGGAGAAGGACGGGGACGAUGGGAACGUAGGCCUGAACUACCUAGAGGGGCCGCUUCACGAUGAGGGGCAAGAUGAACCGAACCGCAGCAACGGUAACCUCCACGACCCUGGCCUCGGCGGCGGCCUCCUCACGCCUAACGGCAGCACGGGCGGCGGCACCAGCCUUCCUCACCGCGGCGCCGAGUGGAGAAAUCAGCCAGAAGGGGGACGGAGGGAACACGAGGAGGGCGCUGCCAAUGGGUUGGGAACUUAUUCAAAACUGGAGGGGGCAGAGCUGAGCCCGCCACCAGGCGGAGCGAUGGCGGGCGCGGAUGAUGAUACUGCCGCCGCUGUGUGGGCACGCCAAGAUGAACGCCGGGACUCCGGGACAGAUUUGGGGUGGCUCUCGCUGGAUCAGCUGGCGGAGAUGGGGCUAGCGAGCAGGGAGAACGUCGUCAAGUCAACCUCUAUGGCCAACUUCUACUACAGGCGAUCGAAGAGUCUGGAGGCCAGCAUGAACGAGAUGAGCCAGGGGUCGCGGAUGAGCGAGCAGCAGAACAGCGCAUCCAGCGGGAACCUCAGCACUCGGAGCGAUUCGCGUAUCGUUCGCAGGUCCAGCGAUCAAUCGUAGAGAACUGCAGCUGCGACUAGCCGCUGCCGUAAGCGACGAAUUGUUGUUUGCCCCCCUAGGGCCAAAGAGAAAUCGCCGAACGCAGCGAAGAGGUUGUAGAGCCCACUGGGUGUCCGAGGAACAGCAAAGCCGCCCUAAGGUGUGUGGCACACUACAGCGCAUCACGAACGGGAGACGGGUCGUAUGUACCCCAGGCGUGCUUCGCUUUUCUCGGACAUGCGCUGCCGCCGCCGCUGCUGACAACGCAGGGGUGGGCAUACGGCACGUGAGGACCGGACCGGAGUAGAACGUGGUGGGAGUCCUAAUCGGGGCAACGAUACACCCUGUCUCGCGCAUGUAUUUGGUUUAGGGAUGUGCUGGGAUGGCAAAAGAGGGAGCGUAGCCAUAGGCGGGCAAUUAGGCGCCCUGGUUGGAAGGUGCGCGUGAGAGACAGGUGCGUGUGUUGCUUGCGUGAUGAUGACAGCAAGUGACGAAAGUGAGCAGGCGAAACCGUGAUCGAGGGUGUGACUCUUUGUUGCCCGCCUUUGCUGCGUGUAGUUGGUGUCCGCCUGGACACACACUGUAAUAAACGCUAUGCGAUUGGCUGAAAGGGGUAUGUUCCCCCACCGUUAACGCCACGGCGUUGGUUUUGCGUUAGGGUUUGAUUUGAGAGACGGCGUGGCGACGAAUAGGGGAAACGCUGACGGUGAAUGGGCGGCGGGGGACGGGGAGAAGGAAAGUAAUUUUGGGCGGGAUAUGCAGGUACUUCGCGGGAUGACAGUACUUGUUGUGACAUUGAUAAGGGCUCUGCAGAGAUUUUUGCGAUGUCCGGGCAAAGGUUUGCACGGUCGAGGGCGAAGAAAACGCCCAUUGCUGCCGGGGGAGGUUUUGGUGUGUGAAGAGGAUAGACAAAAGGAGGGAUCACGAAGAAGAGGGGGGGAGGGGCUCCGUUGUCCUUGGGGCAGAGAGAGGAAAAAUGGCUGACUCCCUACGAGGAGACGUUAGAUGAGGCCAUUGCUGAGUGCAGCCGACAGGCAACGGUACAACGAAGCUCAAGAAAGCUGUUCUUGUCCCGAUGGUGUGGUCUGCGAGUCAAGUAACUUUCGACCGGAAUGGGCUGGAGUUGGAUGGAAAGUGCAGGUGUUGAGAUUCUUUUUUUUGUGAAUAGCUAAAAUAACAGUCUCAAAGUGGAUGCGCGAGCCCAGUCCUUGUUAAUGUCCGGCUGGAAAGCUGUUGUAUCAAUGUAUCAGCUUUUGCCAGCCUUGUUGUGUACGUUGGGACACGAACCUCGGGAGUUGCAUGCAGGGGCGAACAAGUGAUGCUUUCAUUGGGUGCGUCUAUUGUGCAUUUGGCUGAGUCGGAAGCGAUGUGUGACAGCUCCAGAAAUUUUGAGUGGUGAAAUGGGAGGGAAGGAGAGAAGUGGGGGUGAAUCAGUGUGUGUGCCAAGCAGGUGUGAUCUAAGGAAAAUGGUCUCAAGACUACAGAACGUACGUGAACGAGCAUUCUACACUGAU